GAGGUCAGGUUCGCGUAUGUAACGUUCACUGCGAAACGCUACGAAAGCGCCAAAAGCUGAGAGUUGAACGCGAAGCGACUUGUGAACCCGUGUCUCCGAUGAGCCGAUGAGUCGCCAGCGGUGAAAGCGAAAGCUCGCGGAAGGAACCGAGGCGCCACCGAACCCUGUGCGUCCGGUUUGUCCUACAAAGCGACCGGGAGUUUGACAGCGGCGGGGACGCGAGUGCGCAGGCCCGACGGGUCAACGGGGGACACUACAUGAGACGAUAAACACAAAAGUGUUGACACCCGAGAGGACAAGAAGCUCCACCAUGAGGAAGGACGUGCGGAUCCUGCUCGUAGGGGAACCCAAAGUGGGGAAGACAUCACUGAUCAUGUCUCUGGUCAGUGAAGAGUUUCCUGAUGAGGUUCCCCGCCGAGCUGAAGAGAUCACCAUCCCAGCUGACGUCACCCCAGAGAGGGUGCCCACACAUAUUGUGGACUACUCAGAAGCAGAACAGUCAGACGAGCAGCUGUAUCAAGAAAUAUCCAAGGCAAAUGUUAUUUGCAUAGUUUACUCCGUCAACAACAAGAAGUCCAUUGAGAAGGUGACAAGCCACUGGAUUCCCCUCAUCAAUGACCGUACGGAUAAAGAUAGCAGGGUACCAUUAAUCCUUGUGGGAAACAAAUCGGACCUGGUGGAACACAGCAGCAUGGAGACCAUCCUGCCAAUCAUGAAUCAAUAUCAGGAUAUUGAGACCUGUGUAGAGUGCUCUGCCAAAAACUUGAAAAACAUCUCUGAGCUGUUUUAUUAUGCCCAGAAGGCCGUUCUCCACCCGACAGGACCCCUGUACUGCCCAGAGGAGAAGGAGCUGAAGACCUCUUGCAUAAAGUCUUUAACUAGAAUCUUUAAAGUUUCUGACCUUGACAACGACGGAAUCCUCAAUGACAAUGAGCUCAACUUCUUCCAGAAAACGUGUUUUAAUAUGCCGCUGGCACCACAAGCCUUAGAGGAUGUAAAGAACGUAGUCAGGAGGAACAUGGGAGACGGAGUCAAGGACAAUGGACUCACACUCAAAGGCUUCCUGUUCCUGCACACGCUCUUCAUUCAGCGAGGUCGACACGAGACCACCUGGACCGUGUUGAGAAGGUUUGGUUAUGACGACGACCUGGAACUCACCCAGGAAUACCUGUUCCCCAUGAUAAAGAUUCCUCCAGACUGCACCACGGAGCUUAAUCACAACGCUUACCUCUUCCUGCAGAGUGUGUUUGACAAGCACGACAAGGAUAGAGAUUGUGCGCUGUCGCCAGAGGAGGUGAAGGACUUGUUCAAAGUGUUUCCCUACAUGCCAUGGGGUCCAGAUGUCAACAACACCGUUUGCACUAACGAUCAGGGAUGGAUCACGUACCAAGGAUACCUCUCGCAAUGGACGUUAACAACUUAUCUAGAUGUGCAGCGUAGUUUAGAGUACUUAGGUUACCUUGGCUACUCCAUCAUCUAUGAACAGGAGUCCCAAGCAGCUGCUAUGACAGUGACACGCAACAAGCGCAUUGAUCUACAGAAGAAACAGACCCAGCGCAGCGUCUUUCGCUGCAACAUUUUGGGGGCGCGGGGUAGUGGGAAGAGCGGCUUCCUCCAAGCUUUCCUGGGCAAAAAUCUGCAGCAUCAGAGGCGGAUUAGAGAAGACCACAAGUCCCUCUAUGCCAUCAGCACAACCUAUGUGUAUGGUCAGGAGAAGUACCUGCUGCUCCAUGAGGUGAUGCCAGAUUUUGACUUCCUGUCAGAGGAGGACUUAGCCUGUGACGUGGUCUGCCUGGUGUUUGACAUCAACAGUCCAGACUCUUUUGAAUACUGUGCCAAAGUGUACAAGCAAUACUUCAUUGACAGCAAGACGCCAUGUGUGGUGAUCGCGGCCAAGUCAGAUCUACAUGAAAUACGGCAGCACUACAGCCUUUCACCGCACGAGUUCUGCCGGAAGCACAAGCUUCACCCGCCCCAGCCGUUCACAUGCAACACGACCGAGGCACCAAACAAAGACAUCUACACCAGACUCACCACCAUGGCCAUGUAUCCUCACGCCCGUCACCGCUGCAUGUGUCCCUGCAACAGGUGCACCUAUUGCCUGUGUCAGAAACUCCUCAAGUUGGAGCUGCUGCGCAAUAUAAAGGCUCAACUCCGCAGGGUCGUUUUCAACAGACACAUGGCUCAGGCAGACCUGAAGAACUCUACCUUCUGGCUGAGAGCAAGCGUUGGUGCCACCGUGUUUGCCGUGCUGGGCUUCGCCAUGUACAGAGCUCUGCUCAAACAGCGGUGAUCAGACAGCAUGACACAGAUACUCCCCCCCCCAGGUCCCUCUGUUGACUUUGCUCAUCCCCUUCUACCUGAAACACUCUCAAAGACUUGACUAACCAAACAACCAGGCUCAUCGCCUCAACAUCCUCCAAGUCAUCCUCGAACAAGAUCAAAAAUCCUCGGUACAUUUUAUAUGCAAUUUAAAAAAUAAAGAGUUCGGGUUAUUUUUUUGUGUUUUAAUGUUGGGGAAAAGGUGGACAGCCUCAUUUGAAAUAUCACUUGUCUAUCACUCUGUUAAUGCUGACAGUCUGUGAUCUGUUGGACGAGUUCGGCUCAGAUCCUUUACCAGCUCCUGGAUGUUUUUGGCUGAUUCAGAUUGUUUUUUCCCCCCAGGUCAGUAUUAUGAGGUAGAUGGUUGGAGAGCAGAGAGAAGCAGCCAUACACAGAAACACCACAAAGGGACGUGAAUCUGUUUUUAGUUGUGUAUAUGCAGUAUAUCAUGUAUGUAUUCCUUAAACAAUUUUAGGAGCAGCCCCGUAGACAGCCUAUGAGCCAGAAGCAACACGGUGUUAGUACGAACAGCGCUACAUCUAACACUGGAAAUGUCAUGCACUUGUUUAUUUUGCGUGUUAAUUUAUUAACCUGUUUCUUUGUUUUCUCGUCUGUUAAGUGCAUGAGAUCGAGGGACUUACAUUUUCUAUGUAUUUUUGUAUUUAGUAUUAUCAAAGCUGUCCUUGUGGUUUAUCAUUUAUGACUUUCCACUUCUGUUUUUUUUUCUUUUUCUGGUUUUCAAAUAGAGCUUUGUCCCUCAUAUUAUAUUUUUAUGAAUUUAGAGGCACCAUAGAGCAGGGGUUAUGCUAUUAACAGCCAUUCAGCGCACCUCCUCCACCUUAAAGCCCAGGAAGUGUUUCUCGUCAAUCUCUUUUCCGAACAUUUACAAUGGAGAAUUGUAUCUGGUACAGCCGUACGCGGGUUUCCGGAUGAAAUGACUGCUAAUUUAACAACAAAAAGGAAAAUGAAGUGGUUUUAAAUAUCUGUAAUAAAAGACAUUUACACCCUC